AUGCCGUCUUCCUCAUCUUCCUCGUCGGAAGAUGAGACGCCUAUCGAACUCAUAGAAGCCAAGGGAUCUUCCUCUGAUGAAAGUGCCCCGCCAGCACGUUCGGGGGAACGUGGCAUGGUGGGCAUGUGGACGUGGCCGUGUCCCAGAUGCUACGGGAAAACUUUCGAUAUGAGAGUUCAGCUGGGCACUCUAAAGCCAAUCGAUUGGGAUAAGCAGACUUUGGCUCGCUCGGCUCUGCAGAAGCGGGGGUUACUAGGUGACUUGCAGAAAAUGAUCAUCGUAUCCGAGCCCCACAAAAAGUGGGACGCUCAAACAGAGCGUAGAGAGCAACACUAUCAUGUGGUAGUCAAAUUCCAGAGGCCGUUCGCUCACUACAAAGUGAACCAGGACAUGUCUGCGCUGGGAGCAAAAGGUUUUUGGACGUUCAAUUUGUGUGGCCUUGCCGCGUAUUUGCACUACAUCCUCCGAGAAAGCGCAAAGAAGAUAGGCGCAGACAUCGAUCCAGAACCAUACUUCUGGCCAGAGAGUUUCACAGCAUCACACGCGGCAGAGAUCAUGGACAGAGUUUCAAACAGUCAGCUGCAUCGAAAUGGAAACGAAGGUGUCAAAGCUGCUGUGCAAGCGUCGUCCAAGCGACCGGAAGAGUGCUCCAAGCGUCCGACCAAGCGUCGGAAGUCAUUGUCCUUUUCGGAGUUUACGGACCUGGUCAUAGAAGCUGGGGUGGAAACGGAACAGCAAUUAUUUCAGUUGGCCAAGGACCAAAAACUGAAAGGGCACGAUCUUCUUUGGAAUUUUGUCGGCCAAGCAAUCCAUCCAGAGCGGCUUCUGGCCAGGUGCCUGCGCGCUUGGAAUUCGGAGAAGAUGCCCCCAACACUUCUUCAUACAACUUCCAAGUUCGGCGUGGCUGACUUCGAGAUUCCUCCCGGUCUCCAGGAAUGGCGUGACAAACACCGAUUGGAUCGCACACUGGUUCUCAGUGGGCCUGGGAACUGUGGCAAGACGGCUCUGUGCGCCGCCCUGCUGGCGGAACACGGUGCUUACUAUUUUUUGGACAAGCUGGAUGUGGUCAAGCGAUGUUUGUUUCAAAGCACGACAUCUCUUUUGGUUGACGAUGUAUGCCUCCGAUCUGCUUCGGUUGAUGACGCCAAGUCCUGGCUGGACAACACCGUUUGCAGGUUUGCGUCCUGCCGACACGAGGAUGGUAUGUUGCCUCCGGGCAUGCGGUGCUUCACGACCAAUUGGGACAAGCGUGGGUUCCUGCCCGACGAAGCCCGGCAUGAGGAACACUUGGUGGCGACUGAGCGGAGGAUGUGGUUUGUUGAGGUCGGUUCUGAUCUUCGUAAGAACAGUGCUUCUUUGACCAGUUCCUCUUCGGCGGUGCUGCCACUGCCAGCUUCCGAUGAGAUGUUGCAGGUCCUCGCGGAGGAGUUGAAUGACUUGAAGCAACGACGGGCCGCGAUGCGCGCGGCCAACCGUGCAUUGGCAAAGCAGGAGAAGAAUAUGAAAAAACGACGUGCCCGCCUGAUGCAGGCUGCCCGGCAACUCAGCCGUGACGACCUGUUACUCCUGGUGCACCAAGCGGGAGCAGGAGGCCAGGUGCCCGAUGGACGGCCCAGCAUUCACUCAUGGGGCAUUUGCGUCCGGAGGUGGUGGAGCUGCAGUGGUCGCAGCUGGUGGUGGAGAUGGCGCGGAAAGUCUUCUGUGUGA